UCGUCCACUAGUUUGCACCUGUGAUAUUGGGUCACAAAAAUUAACUUUUUGCCCCUUCUAUAUUAAUUUGACAUCAAUCAUAUGGGAGCUAUUUAGGUAAUAGAACGCAAAUUCUCCUGUCGCAGCGCACCCCUGCUUUCAAAUGUACGUACUUCGUGCGACUCUACCUAUUCUCUUGAUCAGUCCUUAAGUGCCGCUCGACGCGAAAAGGUCUCAGAGUCAGUAUACUGAUUUUUCAUUCUUCUGACAUUAAAUCGAAUUUUCAAGUUUGAGUUAUACCUUUGGAAUUGAAAAAAAAAAAUUUCAAGUCGGGAUUAACCGUCCAAAAUAUAUCGAUUUUCGGAGAACAUACGCCGUAUUGGUCGAAGAAGCCGCGCAAGUUUUGUCUCAGAAUUGCAAGGAAUGAAUAACCAGCACCAGCGGCAAUAAUGAAGAUGAAUUACCGCGCAAACAGGCACAGUUGGUCUACGCUUCCACCCGAAACUUUGGCCCAAAUUUUCAGCAAUCUUUCCCUCGAUCAACUUAUGUCAGUUUCACUGGUCUGCAAACACUGGGCAACAACCGUUCACAGCCCAUCGUUGUGGAGGACCGUUGAAUUCAAUUUGGGCCAAGCAAACGACAAGUCAGCCACCAACCCUCGUUUCAUCGACUACAUCCUUCGCCGGCAUGCGAAUCACCUGCGAGAGGUAUCGUUGAGAACGGACACUUCCAUCGAAUCGGCAGAGGCUGCAUGCCUGGUAUUAUCCCGACUCGUAAAUUCGUCAUUGAAGACGUUGACGUUAAUGAGCUCAGGAAAACCGGUUUUCCUUGACGUCGACGGAGACCGAUUUACGACCGCAUUGAUAGUCGCUAUAGAUCAAUCUCCCUUGAAAUCGCUGGAAAUCGAACACACCCUUGUGGAUGAUCCAUCUCUAGCCGUAUUGGUUUCAAGCACUUCUAAAACUUUACAACUUCUCCGAAUCAAAAGUUGUCCUCGGUUAUCGCCGGAAGGUAUCCUGCCUCUGGCCGACCACUGCCGAUGCCUCCGGGAACUCUCUUUGUCCUACUCUCUGCUUAGUGACGAACUUUUGGUUGCUCUCAGUAGUGAAAAGCAUGUUUGUCUAGAGACGCUGAGAGUAGAAGCUUAUCCGGAGCCCAAGCCUUGGCCGCGUCUCAGUGACAGGGCAUGGCUUGCUCUGGCAAGACAUUCUCCCAACAUUAAUUUGGUUUUACUGAACUACAUAACGGGAGAAGACGGUUUCGCACCGCUACUCGCCUCUUACAUACCUGUCACACAUCUUUAUCUUGGGGAGGAGGCAUCCACAGCGAUAGUUGCAAGAAUUGGGGAGUGUUGUCCGAGGCUCGUAGAACUUGUGGUUAGCAGUGUUAGUCCCGGACCAAUAGAUCAAGCCUUGAUAUCGGCUGCUAAAGGUUGUCCCCAGCUUGCCACAGUGGUACUCGGUGAUUGCGAACUAUCAUGCUCUGGAUUUGUGGAAUUCGUAGCUCUCUGUGCCGAGCGUCUUAGAGAAUUAAAUGUAUGGGAAUCAUCGUUGAUGGAAGAUGCCAAGUAUGACAUCGCAAGUGCAAUUGGUAGGGUUUCUUCUUUGCUAGGACAUAGUUGGGCUCCUGAAUUCAUUCCAAUAUGGUAAAACGCUCGAUCUAAAAAGUCUGGAUCAU